GGAACAACAACGACACAAAGAGAGAUCGACUUCAGCAGUCAUCUGCACAGGGGCAGAGGGAAGGACAACGAAGAGGACGCGGCUACCAGGUGCUCACUCCAGCAAUAACUGCUUGUCCCCCUUUUUUUUAGCAUAUAUAUUUUUCUUCUCUCUCUUAUUUACCUCAUCGCGAUGCUUCAAGAUGAGCAGUUUCCGGAAAAGAGGCGGUCCGCCGCCUCCUCUUCCUUUUUGGGGCGUAUGAUGCGCAGCAUCGACGGCUGUCAGCUGAAGAUCGUCCUCGACGGAAAGGCGGAGGCAGACAAGUUUAAAGCGGUGGACACCUACGACCAGGUCAGCGAGCGCUUGCACAUGUACUCCUGGAAGGAGCCGGUGAAGGGCCGCGUGGUGCUCACUCCAAGCGGCACCUCAUUCGCGCACCGCGGCGUCACAGUGGAGCUGAUCGGCGUCGUCACCAUAUUUCGUGAUGUGGAGGAGAAGAGUGUGUUUUUGCAGCAGGAGCGCCACUUUGAACCGGACACGGUCAUGCAGCCCACACCGUUUGAGUUCACCUUCUCAGCGCCGAAGGAGCACGAGUCCUACCGGGGCAUCUACGCCAAAGUCGCCUACUACGUGAAGGCCACCGUCAAGCAGCGCUUCAAGGAUGCGGGAAUUAGGGAGGAAGUUUGGGUGCAUCGCGUGGAUGACGCCCUCAGCGAAGCCCAGCCCGACGCGUCGGCGCACAUGAACUACUUCCGUGAGACGUGCUUUGGGCCGGAGUCCAUCGCGAUGGACGUGGGUGUGGACAACGUGCUGCACAUCGAGUUCCGCUACGACAAGAAGGUCUUUCACAUGACGGAGCGGGUGCUGGGCAAGGUGACCUUUAAGGUUGCGGACAUGGAAAUUGCCUUCGGCGAGGUGGGGUUAGUGCGGAAGGAGGCGUUGCACCCGGGUAAGGCAGAGGAGUCGAUAGAGCAGGAGACGCUGCAGAAGUUUGAGGUGAUGGACGGCACACCGAUUGUAGGGGAGGUGGUGCCGAUUCGCUUGUAUCUGAAAUCCAUCCCGCGCCUCACCCCAACGUUCCAGAACGUAGAGGAUUUCUUUAGCGUUCGCUACUUUUUGAAUCUUGUACUGGUGAGUCAAGAGGGCAGACGCUACUUCAAGCAGCAGGAAAUUCAGCUCUACCGCCGCACUGGUCAGGAGCGACCCCUCACUUCCUCCCCCUCAGGAGUGUUGCAAGCUGAAACGAAGUGA